AUGGACACUCAGGAGAUAUCAGCCGUUCACUCAAUACUCCAUUUGAUAUAUCAUCGCAACAAAAAUCAGCACAAGAGAACGAAAUGGUGGAAAUGGCUAUCAAUGCUGAAGCGCAUUACCUCCCAGCUAGAGUCGCUUGAUUCCGCAGCUGCAGAACGUUACCAGCAGCACUUGGCGGCACAUCUAAUUCCUCGAUGCUACCAGGCAUUUUCUACUGUGGUCGCUGAGAACCAGUUCUCCACAUUGGGCAUAGCCCUUUUGGCGGCACUGGCACGUCUGGCCAAGGCUAGUGGAGCCGAUCGCAAAAUGGCAGCAGUGCCUAAGUUGAAACAAAAGAAAAUCCCUGUUUCUGUUCCAUCUGAAGAUCGGGGUGAGCGUAUCACUCGGAGUGAAGAGGAUGAACAGCCUGGUUCGACUAAAAUACGUGAAUCCUCCAAGAAAGAGAAAUCUUCGAAGAAAGCAUCUAGCGCGAAACCCGCAAAGAAGACCAAGAAGAAGAAGAAAGACGCCAUCGAUGACCUUUUCAGUGGUCUGUUCUAA